ACUAACUUUUGAUUUUAACUAUAUGAAGGUCGUUUCCCUCUAGUUUGUCAAUUAUUUUGUUUUUUCAAUUUAUCCGUAGUCUAAAAUAAUUGCUGACUAGGGAUAAAUUGAAAAAAUAAUUGACUAACUAGAAGAAAACGAACUACAUACAGUUGAAAUCAAAAGUUAUCUACUCGAUCUAUUUGAUGCGCCUAUCGGUUUAAAGUUUGACGGCUGGAUAUGUUAUGACAGCGUUCAAUUCCAAAAGAAAUACCAAAAAUUAGCUGUUGAGGUUCACAUGCUCUAAAAUACUGAGAACUUGGUUAUUUUACGUUGUUGUUUUGCAGAGGACAGCCAAGAAUUUUACAAAGAUAUAGAACACACGUGCACAGCCAUUUUGUUCUGAUCUCGGAAAUUGCUCUCGAAACAGGCGCAUCGAAUAGUAAUUGCGAUAUUUUCAUAACCGGCAUCAUGGCGGCACUUUAUUUUUAGCGAGGUACUUCCACAGAAUCGACUCAAACUGGACAAAAUCUGCUUGUAGUGAGGAUUCUACAGUAAAAUAUGUUGGCGUCGGAAAAAGAGGCGCCGAUAUGCAUUUAUUCAGAUUACUUUUUCCAAGCGUUUUUAAUUUCGACAUCUCUUUUUAUUGCUACAAUGUAAUGACAUUUCAUUAUAAACGUUGAUGGUCGAAAAAUAAAUGAUUAAAUCAUUUAAAAUAAUAAAGGAAAAUGCUUACAAUUUUUUGGAAGUAAAUUAAAAGACGGGUGAACUAACUUGGUGUCAAUAUGUUUUUCUCGAAUAAAAGCCGAGCCAGUGUUUCUCUCGCGAAAAAGGGACUGUGAGAUUUCCUUUAUGAAACAGUUUUUAAUUGAUAGCGUCUUCAUGCAAAAUCAAUACUCUGACAACCUGAAUUUGGCUUGUCUUGAUGUAUUACCUGCCCCCUAGAGCUGGCGUUAAAGGCAGUCUUUUGUCAAAAGAAACAAUGCUUUAAAUCAGUUAAAAGUGAGAGUUAAGGUGAAAACUGAGCCGGAUUUUAGUGCCACACCUUACUCAAAUGUUUGUUGUCUGAAUGAGUAAAAAUCUUCAUAAAGGCCGGAUCUCCUUUUUAUCUCGCCCGUUCCGCGAUUCUGAGUAGAGUAACUGCGCAUUUUUAACGCUUGUUAUUACAAAACUGACAGCCUCGCAAAUCAAAAUCUGUUAACGACUUAUUUAAAAUGAUUGAUACUUUUGCCUGUAGUAUUUUACGCCAAUUAACGAAAUUUUUUUUUUUUGCAGCCCAAGUUUAGAAGGAAGAAUAGUUGUGUCUACGCAUAUUACAUCAAAAAAGGCCGCAAUCUCCGAUAAGCAGGGAAAUAUUACUUCUUACUUCAUUAAGUCGGUUUUACUGAACGGAUGUGAUCUUAAUUUGCGGACAUAUGCAGUGUGAAACGUUCUUUUAAUGUAGCGACACCGCGUUGUCAGUGUUCUUCAAACACUGGAAUCCGUUUCGCUAUCAUGUUUCAUACGAAGGCUGGCGCUUUAGUGCCAUUUGUGUUUCGUAAUCUAUGUUGAAGGUUGAACAAGAGCCAGCCUCUAUUUUCACCACCUUACAUGACAGGGUAACAAAUUCACAACUAGAAACCUCAAAGUGCAUAUUCAUUAAACACUUUUCUAAUUGUCAUUAAAAUCAUAAAGAAUAGACAUGUUUCCUUGUCAUAUUCUUUAGACUUAAAUCAGGACAAUUUAUUUUUGGUCGGGCGGGUUGGCCUCAAUGUCAACUGAUUGUCGGAAGAAAUACUGAUAAAAGUUUACUUUGAACGCGUGUUGUAUUUGCACCUGUCGGAGUGACAGUGGCUAUAAUUUUAUAAAGGAAUUCUCUGCCAUUUCCAGCGCUAAUAUAACUUGUGUCUACAGUCCAUACGUCUUGCGUCAGAUUAACGUAUAAAGAUACUACAUUUUCCGACAGAGAAUUUCAGCAAAAAUUAAUAUUGAGAACCGAAGAGCUACUGUUUUAACUUUCGGCAACUGAAACAACAAAUAUUGCCUUAAUAUAAAAGACUGAUAGGUCAACCCGAAGCACCUGAGCUAAACUUUUCUUAUCAAUUUCCAUCGUUUUGAAUUUCAUCGGCAUUGUAGUUUAACUGCGGACUGAUUUGUUUCACUUCGUACACCGAGAUAUCUCUACAAUUUGGUCGUUGACGUCUACCCUCAUUUGGUACAGAGCUGCAGAACUGAAAGGAGAGUAAUGGAUGACAACGUAACAUCGAAUGCCACAGACUCAUCGGGUUGCCCAAUCCCACAUUCAACCACGUUCACGGCCACUUUUCAGUUGUUAGCAUACACGGCCAUUUUGAUCAUCUCCAUAUUUGGCAACAGUAUACUCAUCGGUGCCAUCAUCAAUUAUCCUCGUGCCCAGACCGUCAUGAACUACUACAUCAUCAACAUGGCAGCUGCUGACCUGUUGACGACCGUGUUCGACAUGGCGGUGCAGAUUUGGCAUUACGGAUUGACGAUAGCCCACAAGCCGUUUGAAUGGCUUGACGGAAGUGCGGGCGUGUUUCUCUGCAAGUUUGUCGUUUUCAUCCAAGGCACUGCGAUUGCUUGCACCGUGCUCACCUUAGCGGGCAUUGCAGUUAACAGAUUUCUAGCUGUCAUGUUUCCAUUACGUCGAAGCAGGCGCAACAGUACAACAGUCUUACUUCUGUUCCUCAUCUGGAUGAGUUCUUUCGCCAUCGCGUCGCCGAUGCUAUACGUCAUGCGUGUCCAAGACGUGCAAGGUGUGCAAACUUGUCUGGAGAAUUGGGAGCCUCUGUUCGACAACGGGUCUUCGCCAAAACAUUAUACUUUGGCGUUGUUUGGAUCUCUGUAUGUUUUUCCGCUUUUGAUAAUAGGGAUUCUGUACUCCGUCAUUGCUUUUAAAGUUUGGGUAAGAACUGUUCCAGGAAAUUCCACAGCUCCUAACCAACUGCACGAGAUUGAAACGAGAAAGAAAAUACUCAAAAUCUGCAUGACCGUGGUGCUCGUAUUUGCUCUUUGUUGGCUUCCGUUCUACAUUUAUCUUAUAAUGCUAUUUGUUGCUGGUGAACACGGUGACUGCGGUCCCCCGGAAUACGUGGCUUUCCUUGGCUUGUUUUUCGGUCACGCUAACAGCUCUAUAAACCCAUUUAUCUAUAUCAUUUUUAACAGUGACUAUAAGAAAGGAAUGAAGAAAGUUCUAAGGCGUUGUCACUUUUCUUACAAAUCCAACAGAGUGCGCAUGCACUCUAACAGGAGCACGCUGACCAGUUUUCCAUCCCUACGUACGUUCAAGGAACUGGAAAUGAGCCCCCUUCAGCAAUAUUCAUAUCAUAGCAACAAUGGAUUUAACGUUGUUUGAGUCAAAAUCUCACGCGAAGAUGGAAUGAUUGAUAACAACUGCAGUAAAGAGAUCCACUCAGCUUUAACACUGGUUGCCCAUUUCACAAUAUCCGAUCUUACCAAAUGAAAUACGUUCUUUUUCAAAUUAUUCAAUUGCUUGACUAGUGGAAAUUUUUAUCCGUAAG